GUCGCUGAAGACGUGUUGACUGUGUUUCGGGUGUGUACGGACGGUGUCUUGUCAGCGGACAUAAACUCAUCAUUCCUCUGAGUAGUUCGUUGAAUUGAAGUUUUGGUGAAAUCAUGUCUACAUCAGGCGAUUUUGGAAAUCCUUUACGUAAAUUUAAGCUUGUCUUUUUAGGAGAACAGAGUGUUGGUAAAACUUCUCUGAUCACAAGGUUCAUGUAUGAUAGCUUUGACAAUACGUAUCAAGCUACAAUAGGUAUAGAUUUCUUAUCAAAGACUAUGUACUUGGAAGACAGAACAGUGAGACUACAGUUAUGGGAUACUGCGGGUCAGGAACGAUUUCGUAGCUUAAUACCCAGCUAUAUCAGAGACUCAACAGUUGCUGUUGUUGUUUAUGAUAUCACAAAUGCAAAUUCUUUUCUUCAAACGUCUAAGUGGAUUGACGAUGUAAGAACAGAGCGAGGUAAUGAUGUUAUCAUUAUGCUAGUUGGAAAUAAAACAGAUUUGGCAGAUAAAAGGCAAGUAACCACAGAAGAAGGUGAAAGGAAAGCUAAGGAACUGAAUGUUAUGUUUAUAGAAACUAGUGCUAAAUCUGGAUACAAUGUAAAACAACUCUUCAGGCGUGUAGCUGCUGCCUUGCCUGGAAUGGAAACACCAGAGAGAACUAAAGAGGAUACUGUUCCUCUGAAGCCUCAGGAACCACCAAAGGAGCCCAAGGAUGAAGAAGGUGGUUGCAUUUGCUAAGCAGUCUGCACUGUCCGAGCUGUAACAUUCCGGACACUGAGGUCUCUUCUGCAUUUGAAGCUUGCGGCAAAUCUGCUGGCAGUAUGUCGCUUGUAUAACAGCAUCAGUACCUAUGCUCUCUGAAUUAGCUGAGACCUUUUUUCUGUUUCAGCGAUAUAACUUAUUUACAGUUUUCAUCUUCAGUAUGUUGUCAUGCAGUGAAUCUUAGCCAUUUUUCAUUCUGCAGUAAUGGAAGAAUUGAACAUAUAGAAACAAAAUAGUUUCUUUAGCGUACUCUUAUUUGCAAUAGGGAUUAACUCUUCAAUUUCUUUGUGCUUUCAUCUCACACAUGAUCAACCAGAAUGUUGGGAAAUUCCAAAGCUGACUAUUUACUUGCCUUCAGUGCACUGACAAGCUAAUCCCUUGGUUUAGAUCUGUGGUAACAAACUCUAACACAAAGUGCUUAUAAAACAUUUAUGUAUAAAGAAAAUAUAGAUCAAGCACAAUUUUCAUGUUUUGUAUUGUGAUGAAAUUUAAUUUUUCUUGCACAUGUGAAUAUGCUUUGGUGAAUUACCCUAGUUUUCACUGAAAUGUGAUAUACAUUGUGAAAUUUAUUGUAUUAAAUGAGAACUAUGUAUCUGCAUGCUGUUAGGUAUAUGCUAAAUUUUUUUGUAAACAUUAUGGAAGUAAAUAUAAAUAUGAAGCCACUUGCCUUAAAAACAUUAAUGCUCGUAUUGAUACUAUCAGAAAUUUUGUAUAAUUUUCCUACCAUUUUGAUAAAUUAUAAUGGUUUAAUAAUUCUAUGUAAAAUAGCCUGCGUAAGUGUGUAUUAGUGUUUAGAUGGAUAUUUAAUUUUUGAUGUAAGUCUUUUAUGCAAAUGUUUUGAUUCUGAGGAUUUUUAAGGAUUUUUAAACUCCUAUUUUGUUCACAUUUAGUUUGAAUGGACAUGUUCUAUUUUAGAAUCUAUAUGGCAUCUUUUUUUUUUUUUUUUUUCUCAUUGUAAUUCUUAUCAAUGCUGUGGUUAAAUGUAAAACCAAAUCUGAUGUGAAUUACUGAUGGGAUGUGUACUAUAACUUUAUUGCUUCUUAAAAUAUGAGGUAGUUGUAUGAUAAAUUUGUCAUGUUGGAUAAUCCAUUUAAACAUUUAUAAAAAUCACGACACCACUUAAGAUUCAUAACAAGAAUGGUGCUAUUAUUAUAAUUAUCAGUUACAGCUGGCUGUUCUAUGUGUAUUGUUAAUGAUAUCUUAUCAAUUCUAACAUAUUCAUUUGAUUUAUAAAAAGUGAGUACAUAUAAAAAACACUGUUUAUAUAUUUUAUUAGAGCUUUACGGAGUAUUAAUUAUUUCGUCGUGCUUGGAUAUAAAAUUUUUGCUCAUUGUAAAUUUCUUAUUUCUCUGUUUGUGAUAUUUAUUUAAGUUGGGAGAUAUUUUCAGUCUGGCAUUAGUUUUAUGGAAGCCUAAUUUUCAUUUAGUAGGCGAUUCAUGUCAUGCGGAAGUCAGGCAACAUUUGUUAUUUGUCAGUUGCUCCAAUCCAGUAUGCAAAAUCUUUCAUGGUCUGAAUUUUCAGAAGGAAAUUUUAAUCCCAGAUUGUCUAAGUGUUUAUAGGUUUAAGUGAAAUUUGAAGGUACUUGGCAUUUUUUAGUGUAGUCAUUUAAAUCUGAAGAUCAAUUUAAUUUCGUUUAUACUAAAAGCGUUUUGACUGUUCGUUCUUGAUAAGAAAAAUGGAAUAAACUGUUUUGCUGGGAAAUUUAUUAUCAUCUGAAGAUUUUUUAAAAAAAGUUUCCACUUUUAUAUACAUGUUUGUUUAUGCUGAUUUUCCCAGCCUAAAUUGAAGCAAAAAAUGUGGUGGGAGGAAAUGUGAAAUUCAUUUUCCCUGCUUAAGCUGCAAUAGCAAACACUUAAUAUGAAAAAUAAUGUUCCCUUUUGAUGAAAUUCGUAAUCGCUUUUUUCCAAAUCUGCCUAUUGGGGAUGGUUACUGACGCACUGAAUUUCCUUUUUAAGUUAUUUUCGUUCUAGAAUUAUAAGCUCUGAUUUUGCUGGACUUUUAGUAACACUUUCAUGCAUAAUACCGAUGUUUUCCACAGACCAGCUGGCUCGAGGACGUGGUUUUGUAAUGUCUGGUGUUGAAUCUGGGUCCUCAAAUUUCUUUAUCAGUCUGCGAACUGUUGUUUCAUUGCGUGCACUUCCACGUCCAAAGAUUGCACGAAACUUCCUAACAGUCUGUGCAUAACACUUUCUAUUCUUGUAACGAGUUUUCACAAUCAAAACUUGCUGCCCCCUUGCAUAAUGUGUCAGGUGUUUUAAGCUGCUGCGGAGCUGCGAAAUUAACUGACAGUGAUAAAAUACUAGUGUUGCCAGGUCAAAUCAAACUCGGCAUUUUUAAGUCAGAAUAUUUGCUUGGAUUAAGUACAUAAAAGUAUGUUCCAUUUUCUGAAAAUAAAGUAUGUUUUAGGUCAUAUUAAAUCCGGUGCUUUUGUUAUUACACCCUGUAUAAUGAGUGCUAGGUACUAAAACUUAUUUAGUACGAUAAUGCUUAAAAAAAUAUAGCUUCGAAAACAGUAGAAUAAGUAUCCAUUCAUUCUUUACUGAUAAUAAAUGCACUACGGCUUUAAAAUUGUUUCUGCUCCUAUAUAAACAUGUGAGCUUCUCUUUUAGUUGAGAAUAUUGAUGCUUAAAUUGUUUUCUUCGUAUUAGAAUACUCUCUUUUAUUGAUUUUUCUGGUAUUAGUGCCUUAUUUGGCACUGUUGAAUCAGCUUCACUAGCUAUGCCAAAUCUUUUGUUAAGAUCCGUGAUAUUCAAGAGAGAUAGUCUAAUUAUCAGCUUCUAUAUAAUCAGCUUACAUUUCCUUUGCUACAUCUCUCAGAUUUCUAUAAACUUUCUGUCUCACUUAGGGCACUUGAAGUUUGCAAUACAAGUGUCCUGUGCGUCGAAAAAGUGAGGUAACCCUAUCAGUAAUUAUAUCAUAAGAUAUAGGCACAAAGUGAACCAGAUGUAAAUUGAAGCAGGGUCAACAAAUCAUACUUGUAUUUGAAUUUUUAGCCUGGAUUGUAAUUUGAUCAGUCAUUAAUGAGCUCAUUUUAAUUGGAAUAUGAGUAUAAAAGACAUAAAAUUAUGAUAUUUAUGAUGUAUUUUCCUUUGUAUAGGAAGAUUUUCAUACAUGUAAAAUCAUGAUGCUUACAUAUAUUUACUGAUAAGAUGUUCUUUGGUCACUUUUGAUCUCGUCUUUGUCAGUCUGUUUCCCUAUAUCGUGUUAAGAUUAAGCGGAGUAAUUUUUUCAAAUCAAAGUUUGUAGUAAUAAACAAAUAUUAAUAAUUAGAAAAUACUUGACUGUCUCACUUUUCUGAAAUCGUUUACCAGUGAUAUAUACGUGCAGAUAGUACACUUGCUGACUUCAGAUGAAGGAUUUGUAAAUUUAGUAAAUGUGUAUUUGUGGAAUAAAAUCUUAAAUUACUCGAUUAACCUCCAACAGGUAUUAGGGAGAAAAGUCAUGUUUUCUUUAACUGAAUAUUUAUUGUUAGAAAUUACUUCAAGACCUUCAGUAUAAGGAUUAUAUUAUAUUUAGUAUUUGUCAUAAGAAGUUGUGUAUUGUAAUAAAUUAUAUUUGUAAACUGG